UCGCCCGGCUCAGUCGGUCGCAGCCAUGGCGGAGGGAGGAGAGGGAGAGGAGCUGCUCCGCCCGCCGCUGCCCACCGGCGCCCCGGGCCCCAAGCGCUUGUGCUCCCGAGCCUGCCCGGCGGGGGGCACCGGGGCCGUUCACCCCCGUCCCGGGGCCGCCGGGGCCGGCGCUGGGCCGGGCGCGGGGGCCAGCGGAGCCCCUCCGGUUCUGGCCGGCUGCUGCCCCGCGGCGGCGGCGGGGACGGCGGGGGCGGCGGGGACGGCGGCGGGGGGGGCGGCGGCGGGGCCGGGGUGCGGCGGCGGCGGCGGCGGGGCGGGCAGCCUGCUGCAGCCCGAGUCGCUGCUGGACGCGGCGGCCAAACGGGUGGCGGGGAGCUGGGCCUUCGAGCGGGUGGAGGGCCGCUUCCAGCGCAUCCCCGAGCCCGUCCAGCGCCGCAUCGUCUACUGGAGCUUCCCCCGCAGCGAGCGGCAGAUCUGCAUGUACUCCAGCUUCCAGCCCGGCCGCGCCGCCGCCGCAUCCCCCGCCAGCGCCGCCGCGGGGGGACCGUCCGCCGCCGCCGCCCCCGCCCCGGUCGGCGAGGAGAGCCCCGGCGCCGCCGGACCGCCGCCGCCCGCCGCCCCCGCCGCCGCCCCCGCGCCGCAGGGCGAGGGGCUGCCCUUCCGCCGCGGCAUCCGCCUGCUGGAGACCGGCGCGGUGGACAACGUGCUGCAAGUCGGGUUCCACCUCAGUGGGACAGUAACAGAGCCAGCAACAGCGACAGAACCAGAGAUGACCUACAAGGUGGCCAUCAGCUUCGACCGCUGCAAAAUCACCUCGGUGACGUGUGGCUGUGGGAACAAGGACAUCUUUUACUGUGCCCAUGUCGUGGCGCUUUCGCUGUACAGGAUCCGCAAGCCGGACCAGGUCAAACUCCGUCUUCCCAUCUCAGAGACCCUUUUCCAGAUGAACAGGGACCAGCUCCAGAAGUUUGUUCAGUAUUUGAUCACGGCCCACCACACCGAGGUGCUGCCCACCGCCCAGAAGUUGGCUGAUGAGAUCCUGUCGUCCAACUCGGAGAUCAACCAAGUGCACGGCGCUCCCGACCCCACUGCUGGGGCCAGCAUUGACGAUGAGAACUGCUGGCACUUGGAUGAGGAGCAGGUCCGAGAGCAGGUGAAGCUGUUCCUAUCUCAGGGAGGGUACUACGGCUCGGGGAAGCAGCUCAACUCCAUGUUUGCCAAGGUGCGGGAGAUGCUGCGCAUGAGGGACUCCAACGGGGCCAGGAUGCUGACGCUGAUCACGGAGCAGUUCAUGGCCGACCCUCGGCUCUCCCUUUGGAGGCAGCAGGGCACCGGCAUCACAGAGAAGUGCCGGCAGCUCUGGGAUGAGCUGGGGGCACUGUGGGUGUGUGUGGUGUUAAACCCACACUGCAAGCUGGAAGAGAAAUCCUGCUGGCUCCGGCAGCUGCGCAAAUGGGGCGAGAUGGACGUGUGUCCCCUGGAAGACGGCAAUUACGGGAACGAGCUUCCCAACAUCACCAACGCGCUUACACAGAGCUCUGCUCACAGCCAAGACUCGCUGGCCAGGCCCCGGCGAACCGUGUUCACACGGGCCAUCGAGGGCUGUGACCUGCACUGGCAGGACAGUCACCUCCAGCGCAUCAUUAGCAGCGACUUCUACGUGUCUCCCUCCUACCAGCGGGAAGGCGAGAGCCUCCUCUUCAACUCCCAGGGCCAGCCGCUGUGGCUAGAGCACGUCCCGACAGCCUGCGCUCGGGUGGAUGCCCUGCGCUCCCACGGCUAUCCCAGAGAAGCUCUCCGACUAACUGUUGCCAUAAUCAACACCCUGCGACUGCAGCAGCAGAGGCAGCUGGAGAUAUACAAGCAUCAGAAGAAAGAGCUGCUGCAACGAGGAGCAACAAGUAUCACCAACCUGGAGGGCUGGGUAGGCCACCCUCUGAACCCCAUUGGCUGCCUCUUCCUCACCCUGACUGAAGCUUGUAGAUUAGAAGAGGAAAAUUGCCUUGAAAUUUCAGAUGCUGGGGAUGCUAAACCCCCAGUGUAUCAACACGUGCCCGUCGCAACCGGCAGCCAAGACAGUGGCGAGUCCUACCUGUCGCUGGCCUUGGAGGUGGCUCUGAUGGGGAUGGGUCAGCAGAGAGUGAUGCCUGAAGGUCUCUAUGCCCAGGACAAGGUGUGUCGCAACGAGGAGCAGAUCAUUGCCCGGCUGCAGGACCUGGAGCUGGACCCGGUGCUGGUGCAGACCCUGCGGAAGCAAUGCAUCUUACUGCUGGAAGGUGGUCCCUUCAGCGGCUUGGGAGAAGUCAUCCACCGUGAGAGCGUCCCCAUGCACACCUUUGCCAAAUACCUGUUCUCUGCCCUGCUGCCCCAUGAUGCAGACCUGGCAUACAAGCUGGCUUUGCGGGCCAUGAGGUUGCCCGUCCUGGAGACCACAGCACCGUCAGGUGACGUGACUCACCCCCAUCACCUGGUGUCGGUGGUGCCCAGCCGGUACCCGCGCUGGUUCACCCUGGGGCACCUGGAGUCGCAGCAGUGCGAGCUGGCCUCCACCAUGCUCACCGCAGCCAAAGGGGACAUGCUGCGCCUACGCACGGUGCUGGAGGCCAUCCAGAAGAACAUCCACUCCUCCUCCUUGAUCUUUAAGCUGGCCCAGGACGCGUUCAAGAUCGCCACGCCAGCAGACAGCAACUCGGACACGACGCUGCUCAACGUGGCGCUGGAGCUGGGGCUGCAGGUGAUGCGCAUGACGCUGUCCACCCUCAACUGGCGGCGGCGGGAGAUGGUGAGGUGGCUGGUGACCUGCGCUACCGAAGUGGGGGUGAGGGCCCUGGUGAGUAUCCUGCAGAGCUGGUACUCGCUGUUCACUCCCACGGAAGCCACCAGCAUCGUGGCAGCCACGGUGAUGUCCCACAACACCAUCCUGCGCCUGAGCCUGGACUACCCGCAGCGGGAAGAGCUGGCCAGCUGUGCCCGCACCCUGGCCCUGCAGUGUGCCAUGAAGGACCCGCAGAACUGCGCCCUGUCCGCCCUCACCCUCUGCGAGAAGGACCACAUCGCCUUCGAGACCGCCUACCAGAUCGUCAUCGACGCCGCCUCCACCGGCAUGACCUACACGCAGCUCUUCACCAUCGCCCGCUACAUGGAGCACCGGGGCUACCCGCUCCGGGCCUUCAAACUGGCCUCGUUGGCCAUGACGCAUCUCAACCUGGCCUACAACCAGGACACGCACCCGGCCAUCAACGACGUGCUCUGGGCCUGCGCCUUGAGCCACUCCCUGGGCAAAAACGAGCUGGCGGCCAUCAUCCCGCUGGUCGUGAAGAGCGUGCACUGCGCCACGGUGCUCUCGGACAUCCUUCGCCGCUGCACCAUGACGGCCCCGGGGCUGGCUGGCAUCCCCGGCCGCAGGAACUCGGGGAAGCUGAUGUCCACCGACAAAGCCCCGCUGCGGCAGCUGCUGGACGCGACGAUAAGCGCCUACAUCAACACCACCCACUCCCGGCUCACCCACAUCAGCCCGCGGCACUACGGGGAGUUCAUCGAGUUCCUCAGCAAGGCCAGGGAGACCUUCCUCCUGGCGCAGGACGGGCACAUACAGUUCGCCCAGUUCAUUGACAAUCUCAAACAAAUCUACAAAGGCAAGAAAAAACUGAUGCUGCUGGUGCGGGAGCGGUUUGGGUGAGCCCCGGCCGCCGCCACGCGCACUGGCAGGGUCCGGCCGCGGCACGGGGACUCGGGAGAGAAGAAGGAAGGAAAGCGGAGAUGGCCUUUACCCCCCCUUGGCAGAGGCUGCUCUCUUCUGGUCUUCUGUUUCUUUUGUUUGUUUGUUUGUUUGUUUUUCUUUCUUUCUUUAAUUUCGUUUGUUUUCCUUCCUUGGAUUUAACCAUUUCACACGCUGAGAGGAUCCAGAGAUUCCUUGGGCACAAACCAAAAGGCAACCACGGGGGAGGGGAAAAAAAGGAUGGUUCGCUCAGCCCCUGCCCCCCCCUCCCUGCCCUCCCUUGCCAAUACCAAAAGCUAACCUGGAAAUCUUAAUACCUCUUUCCCGAAGGAAGCGGUCGCUGGAGGGAUACACCAAGGUUGCAAAGUGCAAAAAAAAAAAACCUUGACAAAAAUCACACGGGGAAUUAGAAAAGGAAGAGAAAGAGCAAGCGAGGAAAGCUGUGACACUUAGAACCUCACGCGACACCGAAAGCAAUGGCUUUGCAGAGCGCUUCUCCCGCCCGCCCCGAGACAUGCAAACUCCUCUGUUCGUGAAGAUGCUUCAAUAAAAACAAGUUAAAGUAACUGUUCUCAGGGAUUGCUUACUAAAAGUAACACAAAAGACAAAAAAAAAAGCAUUUAUGAUACUGUAAAUACUAUAGUAUAUGUGUCAAUUAUUAAAUUGUAAAGUUAUAAUUAUUUAUAAUUCUGUCUUUCAUUUGGGGGAUACUUGAAAUUGUCGUGGGCUGGGGCGAUUGUUUUUAUUAUUGCUAUUAUUAUUAUUAUUGUUGUUGUUAUUAUUAUAACUAUUAUUUAAACAAAACAAAAACCACACGAAACAAAACCACAGAUAAAAAAAAAGAGGAGGAGGCACGCGAACAUUUCUCAGGUUCCCACGGCAUCGUUAGCAGCGAGAAGGGUGCGGGGGGAGGCAAACGUCCGCUCGACUCGCAGCCCCGGCGCGGACGGACGGACGGACGGCAGGAGGAGCGGCAGCGCAGCGCCGGAGGACAGCGGCGGAAGGGACUCGCUCGGGCGCACGGGGAGGCAGGAGAAGGGAGGAGACGGUGCCCAUCGCCUCGGCCAGCGCCGGCUCCUGUGCGGCGGGCGCGGCUGGGUGAGGUGCCCGGGCGGGCGCGGGGCUCCGGGGCUGCCCGGGGCGGGAGCGGCGGCUCCGGGGCCAGGAGCGGGGGCAGCCCCGCAGCGCUGCUCUCCCCGGCGCCGCGGCACAGCCGCCGCUCGGCUCGGCCCUCCCGGCGGCGCCCGGCGCCCGCUCAGACUCUCCAGCCCCGCGGCGGCGGCUCUUCGGUUUUAGUUCAUUUUCUUUGCCAGCGGGUUGGGAGGGCUGGGGGGGGAGGGCAGGGCCGGUCUGGAUGGUGACUCGUAGUUAGAGAAUGUGGGCUAGUUAUCUGCUGUCUGGUUUGACGUUGAAUUUUUUUUGGCAAGUGACUUUGUGUCCGUGCUCCGGCCAGGAAAGCAAUUGUACUGGGUCUGUGUCGCCACCGGACUAGCGGGCUUCAGCCACUCUGUUUCUCUCCUUUUUUUCCUUCCCUCUUUUUUCUUUUGGUUGUUUUUCUCUUUGUUUUCUUUCUGCGUGCGUGCGUGCGUGUAUGUGUGUGUGCGACCUCUUCAUCUGAUGUUUAAUAAUAAAAGGGAUGAACGUUA